AUGCCACCAAAGAGAAUAUAUCUAUCGAGAGCUCAAAAAAGACAAAGAAAGGAGAAAGCUGAUGCAUUGAUGAGAUCAAUACAAGGUUCCAUGGACAGAUUUCUUGUACAACCAGCAAAUCUUAAUGAAUCCGAUAGAAGUAGUGACGAGCUUGAUGAUCCAAUGGAAGAUGAGAAGGAAAUAAAUGAUGAGACUAUUAAUGAAGAAGAUAAGAAGAAUGAAGAUAAUGUUAACGUUGACAUUGAAGAGGAUGAGAAUCUAAGUAUAAAGGAGAAUCAUGAUGUGAAUGAUCAUCAAGAUAGUACAGAUAUAGGCAGAAUCUUAGAUAUUUAUGAUCCUGGAAAUUGGGGAGAAGUCAAACCUGGAUUAAGACUUGUCAUGGUUGAAAAAGGUCCUGCUCAAAGACUACCGAAUGAUUUUGUGUUUCCAAGAGAGAAGGCAAGUGGUCGACAUUUUUCUCAUGCAUACUAUAUAAGAUCUUUGAGUAAUGGAAAGAAGCAAGACAGACGUUGGCUAGUUUAUUCAAAAACAUUAGAUAAAAUCUUUUGUUUUUGUUGUAAGUUGUUCACUCGCGACAACAAUCCCAGUCACAUGGCAUCUAAGGGAUUCAAUGACUGGAAACAUAUUUUGGAAAGGUUAAGGUACCACGAGACAAGUCAUGAGCAUAUCAAAUGUAUGAACCAGUGGAUGGAACUUGAACUAAGGCUGCAGAAAAACCAAACAAUUGACAAGCACAUUCAAGAAGAACUCAACAGAGAGAGAAAUCAUUGGAAAGAUGUCAUGGUCAGAAUUUUUUCACUGGUAAAAACUCUUGCUAAACAAAAUUUAGCAUUCCGUGGGGGAAACGAAAAGCUAAGAGUAGAUGGCAAUGGAAAUUUUUUAAGCUUUAUUGAUUCAAUGGCUGAGUGGGAUCCGGUAAUGAGAGAACAUGUUAGACGGUUUGAAGAUGGGGAAUCUCGUUAUCACUAUCUCAGCAACAAAAUUCAGAAUGAGUUGAUAGCAACGAUGGCUGAUGAGAUCAAAGGUAUUAUCAUAAAAAAGAUUCGAAGUGCAAAAUUUUUUUCAGUCAUUGUUGAUUGUACUCCAGAUAUAAGUCAUCAUGAACAAAUGACUCUUAUCCUUCGAUGUGUUGAUGUUUCAGCAGCUUCAGCUAAGAUAGAAGAAUUUUUUCUCACAUUCUUGAUAGUUAACGAUACAUCCGGAGAAGGGCUUUUCCGUGAGAUUCAGAAUGUAUUGGUUUCUCUUGAUUUAGAUAUUGAUGAUGUGAGGGGACAAGGAUAUGAUAAUGGAUCCAAUAUGAAGGGAAAACAUAAAGGAGUACAAAAAAGAUUCCUUGAUGUUAAUCCACGUGCAUUUUAUACGCCAUGUGGUUGUCACAGUCUUAAUCUUGCUCUUUGUGAUAUGGCAAGCACUUCUGAAAAAGCCAUUUCAUUUUUUGGGAUAAUCCAGCGUAUUUAUAAUGUCUUUGCAUCUUCAACAAAGCGGUGGAAAGUUUUAGAAGAUAAGGUGGGAGGUUUGACAGUGAAAUCUUUAUCACAGACUAGGUGGGAAAGUCAUGUUAAUUGUGUUAAGGCGAUUAGAUUUCAAGCUCCAAAGAUAAGAGAUGCUUUAAUUUAUAUAGCAGAGACUACUGAUGAUCCGAGUACACAAAGCACUGCUGAGUGUCUUGCUACAAGCGAGACACAUGGGAUUGGAAAUUAUGAAUUCUUGUUGUCUAUGGUGAUUUGGUACAAACUUUUAUUUGCUGUUAACACAGUAAGCAAGAGUGUGCAGUCAAAAGACAUGAAUAUUCAAGUUGCUGUUUCUCAGUCAGAAGGACUUGUUUCUUUUUUUCGAAAUUAUAGAGAAACAGGCUUUGAGAGUGCAAAAUCUGAUGUUAAACAGAUUGCAGAAGCUAUGGAGAUUGAAGCCAUGUUCCCAUCAAAGAAAAAGCGUGUCAUCAAAAGAAAAAAGUUUUUUGAUGAGGAAUCAGAGUUAGUUGAUGAUCAGUCUAUAGAUUUAUCUCCAGAAGAGAGCUUCAGAAUUUCUUAUUUCCUUGAAGUCAUGGAUCGAGCUAUUUAUUCUCUUGAAACAAGGUUUGAGCAAUUUCAGAAGUAUGAACAAACAUUUGGAUUUUUGUUUGAUUUGGAGAAACUGAAGUCAGCAAGUGAAGAUAGUUUGAUGGUAUCUUGUACCAAUCUUGAAGCUGCUUUAAAGCAUGGAAAUCAUUAUGAUGUUAUUGCGGAUGAUUUGUGUUUUGAACUACUGGUUCUAAAAGAGGCUUUGCCACAAGAUUGCAAGAGACCUCUUGAAGUUUUGAACUUCUUAAAAGGAAGAGAAGUGUGUUAUCCAAACUCAUGGAUUGCUUACCAAAUAUUAUUGACGAUUCCGGUUUCAGUCGCCACUGCCGAAAGAAGCUUUUCCAAGCUAAAGUUAAUAAAGUCUUAUCUACGAUCAACCAUGUCACAAGAAAGGCUAAAUGGCUUAGCAAUCAUAUCUAUAGAAAGAGAUUUACUUAGGAAUCUAGAUUAUGAAACUUUGGUGAAACAAUUUAUUGAAAAAGAAGGAAGAAAAAUUAUGUCUUAG